UUGAGACAGACCAGCGCUGACCGAUCAACGAGGGGGGAACCGACUUCCCUGUUUGGCCCCAACGCCGGCCCUACAUCCGCCACCCACGGCUGGACCUGCUGGGUCAACAUCUGCCCAACCCAGCUGCAACAUCUGGCCACUUCACCAGCUGCCGUCACACCGCUGGAACACCUGUCCACCACUGUGGUUCACCACCGCUGGAACACCUGUCCGCCACUGGAACAUCUGUCCACUGUGGUUCACCACCGCUGGAACACCUGUCCGCCACUGGCACACCUGUCCACCGCUGGAACACCUGUCCACCACACUGGUUAACCAGUUGCUGUCCACAGCUGGAACAUCUGUAGACUACUCUGGUUAUCCUUCUCUUCGCACAACUCCAAGUAUAUUUAUGAAAAACAUUUUCACAAACUGGGAACACAGAACAUCUGCCCAUUCAUUGGUGUGAAGGUUUCACAUUAACCUCUGGAACAUCUGCUGACUGCAUCCGUUUUCCGAUCUCUAGCCCAUCUGGAACAUCUGUCCACUGGCCCCGAUCAUCUGUUGCAGCCCAACCUCUGGAACAUCUGUCCAGUGCACGUGAUUACCAGUUGCAGGCCGACAUCUGGAACAUCUGCCGGUGGGACGGCUCUCCAGCGAGCGGGCGGGCGCCGGGCGGAGCAAUGCGUCUUUCGGCCCUACUCCCCCUGCUGGCCCUGUGGGCGGCCGUGUGUCCGGCCGGCGCGCACUUCUCAUCCUGGGGCCACUACGACUUAUGCAAGAUCCAGGUGCAAUCGGACCACGGCAUUAGCUGGGAAUACAUGGCCUGCCAGCCCGAGGCCGCUCUCCUCACCCGCUUCCUCACCGUCACCCUCGACCCCCCCGACAGCACUUGUGGAGACCCCCCCGAGGAUGUUCUGCACCCUGGAGAACCCGUACAUGUGCAACAACGAGUGUGACGCCAACACACCGGAGCUCGCGCACCCGCCCGGGCUGAUGGUGGAUGAUGACGGGCGGAUUCCCAACACCUUCUGGCAGAGUGUGUCAUGGCGGACAUUCCCGCGGCCUCUACUGGUCAACAUCACCCUGUCCUGGGGCAAGAGCAUCGAGCUGACCGAGGACAUCGUCAUCACCUUCGAGUCCGGGCGGCCGGAGCAAAUGAUCCUGGAGAAGUCUCUGGACCACGGGCGCUCCUGGCAGCCCUACCAGUUCUACGCCGCCGACUGCCUCAACUCGUUCGGUAUGGAGCCGCGGAGGGCCGGAGAGCUGCAGCCAGCCGCCGUGCUCGACAUCAUCUGCACCGAGGAAUAUUCCCGCGGGUACGUGUGGAAGUUGGACAAGAUGGUGCGCUUCGAGAUCCAGGAACGCUUCGCGCUGUUCGGGGGCCCGCGCCUGAAGGACAUGGCCUCGCUGUACGGACAGCUGGACACCACCAAGGAGCUGCGGGACUUCUUCACGCUGACCGACCUGCGCAUCCGCCUGCUACGGCCCGCCACCGGCGCCACCAGCGUCAAUCAGCACAACCUCUCCAAGUACUUCUACGCCAUCUCCAACUUGGAUAUCCGUGGCCGCUGUAAGUGCAACCUUCACGCCAACAACUGCGUGAUCGACAAGGGCAAGCUGAGCUGCGAGUGCGAACACAACACGACCGGCCCAGACUGCGGCCGCUGCAAGAAGGCGUUCCGUGGCCGGCCGUGGAGAUCCGGCUCCUACCUGCCCAUCCCCAAGGGCACGGCCAACAUCUGCCUCCCGGACGCCGUCAACACCUGUCAGUGCCUCGGCCACUCGAGCCGCUGCAGUUACCUUGAGCUGCUCAACGCCGCCAUUUGCGUGGGCUGUAAGCACAACACGAGAGGCCAUCACUGCCAGUUCUGCCGCCUCGGCUCGUAUCGCAAUCCCGCCGUCCCACCGGAACACCACCACGUCUGUCUAGGUCAGUCCCGCUGCAGA